GAACAUCCAGACAUGAUGCAAACAGGCCCAGAGAGUAGAGAUUAAUAUGUUAUAGGAAAUAUUUUCCUUAAAAUCAUUUCCACUUCCAAAAAGGCAUGAAGAGGUAACCGGAACUGAGGUUUUAUCUCCUAAGCUUCUUCCUGACCUUACUGGCCUGAAUUUGAUUCAUAUCAGAACUCUCCCACCAUCUAACAGUGGGGUAUUGGUAGUGGGUGUGGUGUUUUGGUGGUCACUUCUGUUCUUUAGAUGAUGUGAGUAAGGCCUUCAGAGCUGGAUUCUUCAAGAACCUGCUCUCUCUUCCUGUCUGUUCCCAGAAUGAGCCAAUGCUGCACUCUGCAGCAGGUGGCACUGUUGGCUGUGUUCAGAGGUGAGCUUUCCUUCAAAAGUAACAUCCCUAAUCCUCUCUUGUUUGCCAGUGGUCACUUUGGCUCCAGUGCAUCCUGACAGUUCCUUCUACUUCCAGAGACAUAAAUUGGAUUAGGCUCUUGUUGACUUCUAAUGGAAAAGCAUCUUAACAUCUAAAAACUAAACAACUUGGCAUGUUAAAACAAUUUUUGUUUGACAGACACAGCAACCUGAAUCAGAGAAUCACAGAACUGUUUGUGUUGAGAGGGACUUAAAAGAGCUUAUAGUUCUGACUCCCUGUCAGGGAAUGUCUGUGUAAGACAGUUAAGAAACUGCUAAGUUAGGUAAAUCCUCCAGGUUAUGCUUAAGUCUAGAACAGUUAAACUGGCAAGGUUUCAGGUAGAAUCAAUAGCAAAUUUAAAAUGAAAAUUUAAUAUCCACGAGGUCAGUAUUUAUUUUGAUUUUUGCACAUUUAGAUUGAGAGCACAGUAAACAUAGGUAUACAUACAUGCAUGAUGACAUCACAUCUUCUCCCCAAAUGAUGUACUUCUGAAUACCAGCCAGCCAUGAUGGUAUUUAAGAGAAUUUCAUCACUUGCACAGGUACUGUCUUUCUGAAUUUUCAUUUAGGCUUCAGUACUUCAUAUUUCUCUGGAAAUAGACUUGGGUCUGUCUUUGAAAGAGAAUUAUGUCUGGAUACACUUGUUUAUUGCAGAGAAAGAAGCAAGACCGUAAUGUAAUUAUACCAAACCAGAAAUCCCCUUGAGAAAUGUGAUAGCUCAGAUGUAAAAGCUGUAUAUAUGUAGAGAGAACUGUGGGGAAAGUAGAAGUAAAGUACAGGGGUGCUAAGUUGUAGUCAGUGUAUUGGAGAGUAAUGGAAAAGUUCAUACAGCAACAACAAAAAGUCUGAAGGAAACUUCUCACAUCUGAGGUGCCGAGAAGCCCUAAAGUCCUGUGAAAUGUGCCAGAACUACUGUAAAGCACUAAACUCCUUCAGCUCUUCUAAACCUCUUUUCAGCACCUCUGAGCUCUCCUAAACUGAUCGAAAGCUGCUCUGUGUUGCUGUAAGCAGCACUAAUAUGUCUUUAAAUGCAUCUAAAUGCCUCUAAAUCUCUACUGUACAACUCUCAACUCCAGCAGGCAGCUUUAAAAUUCCUCUGAGGAGCUCCAAGCAGGUCUGAAACCCUUUAAUGCCAAUCUGUGACUCCUACAGGGUUCUAAGUAGCUCUAAACCUCUCCAGGCUACUGUAAAGCUUCUCUCCUGUGCUGUCAACACCAUGAGGUAGCACUAAAACUUCAUUAAAAUAAUCAGGAAAUCUUGAGGACUUCAUCUAAAUGGCUCUGUAGAGCACUGGAUCGUCUGUGAACUUCCAGAAAUACACUGGUGCUUUGGGGUGGUGGCAGAGGUUGCAAGAGAUGGAAUUACUGAGCCUGGAGAAAGAGAAAUUACCUGUGGGAAUGGAAGAGUGUAGAGAAAGGGGGUUUCUGGAAGAUGAAGAUGAUCCUCUAAGAAAAGGGAAAUAUAUGUGCUUUGUAAGGAGCUGUUAAUAAGGCAAAACCUCAGAGAGUGAUCUCUGCAUGCAAACAACCCACGGUGAGCAUAUUUUGGGGUGGGGGAGGAAUUCCACAGCCCCAAACUCUUGAGGUUAUUAUGUGUAUCCAUGGAAAAUGUGCUCCAUUUGCCUUUCUCACACAGGGACAUGGAUCUGUCCGUGUGUCCCAGAACAGGGACACUGCCCUAUUAUUGGGAGUGCUUCCAGCACCUCAGCAGGGCUGUGAGGACAUUAGCUCAAUGGCACCCCGAAAGAAGUUAAAGGGUCUCGUAGCUGCUACCAUCACUCCAAUGACUCCGGAUGGAAAAAUUAACCUCCCGGUGAUUCAUCAGUACGUGGAUUAUCUGGUAAAUGAGCAGAAUGUGAAGAAUGUUUUUGUGAAUGGCACAACAGGAGAAGGCCUAUCCCUUAGCAUCCAGGAGAGGAAGCAGUUGGCAGAAGAAUGGAUGUGCCAGGGAAAAGACAAACUGGACCAUGUGAUCAUUCAUGUGGGAGCACUGAAUCUGCCAGAGUGCCAAGAGCUGGCAAGACAUGCAGCAGCCAUAGGUGCUGAUGGCAUUGCUGUCAUAGCCCCCUUCUUCUUCAAACCCACAAACAAAGAUGAGCUGGUUGCUUUCUUACAGAAGGUUGCAUCUGAAGCCCCUGAGGUGCCAUUUUAUUACUAUCACAUUCCUCCUCUGACGGGUGUGAAGGUUCGUGUGGAAGAGUUGCUGGAUGGGAUAAAAGCACAGAUCCCCACCUUCCAGGGUGUGAAGUUCAGUGACACAGACCUCUUGGACCUGGCACAGUGCAUACACAAGAAUGAAACAGGGGAGUUUGAAUUUCUUUAUGGGGUGGAUGAGCAACUGUUGAGUGCACUGGCACUAGGGGUAAAUGGAGCAGUUGGAAGUACAUACAACUAUUUGGGCCGACAAACCAAUCUGAUGUUGCAAGCCUUUGCAAAGCCAGACUUUGCCUUGGCACAGCAGUAUCAGUUUCUCACUGGGGAAUUUCUCAACUUUGUCAUCAAACUGGGUUUUGGUGUUGCACAGACUAAAGCUGUAAUGACCUCUGUUUCUGGCAUUCCCAUGGGACCUCCACGGCUUCCUCUUGUUGCUGCCUCCAGUGAGUUCAUCAUCAAGGCCAAAGCCAAGCUGGACAGCAUUGUGUGGCCAAAUGGUGACUGAUCAUGGAAUCAUUACACUGAGAAAGACCUCUGAGAUCAUCAGGUGCAACCAUUAACCUGACACUCCUGAGUCCACCACUGAGCCACAUCCUCAAGUGCCAUGUCUGUGAUGUUGUUCCCUUCCAUGUCCAUCUGGAGGUUUCUUUUCUGGGAUUCUCUGCCAUGUUACACAUCCCCUCCAAGAUGGGCAGGAUUUCUUUCAGGGAACCAGCAAUGUGCCCAAGCCCCUUCCUGUUAGGGCUGGCUUUGCUGGGACACAUUAGUCUGACAUUUUACACUGCUCCCCUGGAGCUCUGCACGUUCCAGGACUGACUGGGAUUGUUUAAUAAAAAAAAAAAGGCAAUUUUUUUCCCCAGUAGGAGGAGAGGGCUGGUGACUUUUGCCUAGAAAGGAAGAAGACCUGUCUCUACCCCCUCUCAGCUGGAUGGUGUUUUGUCCUCUCCAUGAGGACACUACAUUGUGGGUUUAAAAAACAGUAUGACACCAUCAUUGCUCAGGCUGGUUUCUGUUCAGCAGAGUCACUGGGACAUUGUCUGUGCAUGUAAAAUCCUGCUUCUAUCUGAUCUCUGUUUAUAUACCCUAAUGCAAAAUUAAAAUUGUGACAGCAAGUUUUGGAUCACUAAUAA